AUGCAAUUCUCAACUGUUACUUUAAUCGCUGCUGCCGCUGCUAUUGUCUCCGCUGACAUCACCAAGACCGUCGAAUCAACCACUUUAGCCACCAUCACAGACUGUGGUUCAUCAGUAUCAUCAUGCCCAGCUUCCACUGUUGCUGAAGAAUCUUCAUCUGCUGGUGCUCCUCCAUCAAACAGCACUGUUGCUGAAGUUUCCACUUUCGAAGCUGGUGCCGCUAAGCAAUACGCUGCUGGUGCCGCUGCUUUGGCUGCUGGUGCUUUAUUGGCCUUAUAA